AUAGAUAGAGAGAGAGAAAAAAAAAACAUAAAAAAAAAAAAAAACAGAAUCGCCAAGAAGUUGCGUACCACCUACUCUCUAUCUUUAUUCUUCUCUUCUUCCAUUCUUUCCAUUGUCACCCCACCUUCUACGUAGCCUUUUUCACAAUAUUCCUUUUCUUUUCCAUCUCUUCACUCUCUUCUAAUUCCACCCUUAUCAACUUCCCUAGCUUCUCUGAUCUCAUUCAAUCAACACUACUAUCGGCGUCGCCAUUAAUGGCGCCGAGCGAAGCUUCAUCGCUCUUCAACAAGGUCAUCUCCUUCUUCCUCAUCCUCCUCCUUCACUUCGGCUGCUUCGCUUUCACCUCCACCGACGCCGCAGAAGACGGCGGCGGUCGCGAAGGCCACGGAAACAACAAUCGUAGCUCGAAGAAACGGAAGCUCUCUCCGGUAAUCUCAUCAUCCUGGUCGUUCCUCAAAGGAAUCUUCGCCUCCAAAUCCUGCAAAACCAGCAUCCAAACACACCCUUCCACUCCUCCCCGGUCCUCCCAGCUCUCGAUCGCCUCCCUCGUGAUCCUGCCCGAAAAUACGGCCGAUCAGCACCUCUCCGACGUCGUUCCGCGGAAGACUUCACGGCCGGAGUCCGACAUCUCUUCCAGUGCCGAGAAAGAAAGCCUCUUCUUCCCUCUCCGCAACGAUAUCUUCCCCUGCACCGCCUGCGGCGAGAUCUUCCAGAAGCCCCAAACUCUAGAGCAGCACCAGGCCGUCAAGCACGCCGUGUCGGAGCUUAUCGAUGGCGACUCCGGCAAGAACAUCGUCCGGAUCAUAUUCAAAACGGGUUGGACCGACACGCAUAAGAGUCCGAUCAUUCACCGGAUUCUGAAGAUCCACAACAGCUCCAAGAUCCUCUCCCGGUUCGAGGAGUACAGAGAAACCGUCAAGGCCAAAGCCGCGAGAAACGGCGCCGUUCGGAGGCGGGACGAGAGGUGCAUCGCGGAUGGCAACGAGCUCCUGAGAUUCCACUGCUGCACGUUUCUGUGCGACCUGGGGCUUAAUGGUAAUUCCGCUAUUUGUAACCACCAGUACUGCAGUGUGUGCGGGAUAAUCAAGUCCGGGUUCUCACCCAAGCUGGACGGGAUCUCCACGCUGUCGAGCAGCUGGAGGGCCCACGUGGCGAUCCCCGAGGAGAUCGAGGAAGAGUUCGGGUUCAUGAACGUGAAAAGGGCUAUGCUGGUUUGUCGUGUCGUUGCGGGUCGGGUCGGUAGUGAAGCUUUUGAGGCGGACAAGGAGGAUGGCGGGUUUGACUCCGUCUUGGGGAGGGGAGGGAGUGGGGUCCACACCAGGAUGGACGAAGAGGAGCUGUUGGCUUUCAAUCCUAGGGCUGUGCUUCCUUGCUUUGUAAUUGUGUAUACCGUGUGAGUGUGUGAUAUGCUAUAUCCUAGUGUUGCUUCUUCCGUUUUCUAAUUUAAUUUUCUCCCCUAGCUAAUCAUCAAGAUUGUGAAUUUUACGUGAUGAACGAUGGUGAUGGUGUUUUUCUAGUGGGUCCUGAGCCAUUAUAUGAUUGGUCAGUUUGAGAACUCUGUCUUGUCCUAUGUGUUGGUUGGGGUUGUGGCAACUUUGGUUGUACGGAAGGAUGGAAGGAUUAAGGAUAACAUUGCUCAGGAAUUUGAUAGUACUAAUCACCUACCAGUUUUAGGUCAAAAUUAGGAGCCAUAAUGUUUUAAGUAUGGUAUAAUUAGUUCUAAUUGUGAACUUUGUUAUCUUAUGCGGAUUCUAACUUGUAAAAAGGAAAUGCCGAAUAAGUUUUACGGAUUGCAA